UUCAUGCAGUCUUUCAGCAAACGUUAAGACAAACGGAUGUUUUUGCUUUGUAAAAUUUUUAAUUGAUCUUUUUCAAAACAAUACAAAUCUCGCACGAGAGAUCAUUCAUUUCUUUCAUAAAACGUAUACAUAUUGUGUGAGUUGGAGCGUGUUAUUGAAAAUAUAUACAACUGCAACUUGCAAUUAUGGAGUUAACGUUUAAAGAGUUGGAUAAGGAGAUUGCAGAAAGAAUUGAUGCCUUGUUUCCGAAAAAGGAUUGUUUCAUAGAGGUUUUACCGGGUAAUGUUAUAUUACCACGUAAGUUUAUGGAAAUUGGUGAAUCUAUUAGAAACUUUCAAACAUAUGCGGAUGAUGUGUGGUUGGUAUCAUAUCCAAGAACUGGCUCAACGUGGGCCCAGGAAAUGAUUUGGCUUUUGGGUAAUAAUUUGGAUUUUGAAGGUGCCAAACAAAUGCAACAAUUGAGAUCGCCCUUAAUUGAGCUGUCCGCUCUGUUUAGUGAAGAUCAUCAUGAGUGGGUAUCCAAUUCAUUGGGUAAUACAGUCGAAACUGUUAAAAAUAUGCCACGUCCACGUUUCUCACGAUCCCAUUUGCCAUGGCAUUUAUUACCUAAGGAUCUGGAAACAUCUAAGGCAAAGAUAAUUUAUACCGCGCGCAAUCCAAAAGAUCUUUGCGUUUCUUUCUAUCACUACUGUAAACUUAUGCACGGCCUUCAAGGAACAUUCGAUGAAUUUCUCGAUUUAUUUAUCAACGAACAAACACCGAUCGGUUCAUAUUGGAAGCAUGUUUUACCAUUUUGGAAACAUUCAACAGAUCCGAAUGUAUUAUUUUUGAAAUAUGAAGAUAUGAAGAGAGAUUUGCCAGCGGUGGUGCGUAAAUGUGCGAAUUUCUUAAAACUCAAUUAUCAGAUCAACGAUGAAGAUAUGAAACGUAUAUGUGAUCAUUUAAAAUUUGAUAAAAUGCAAUCAAAUCCGGCAGUCAAUUUAGAACCUAUUCUUAGUCAAAUCGAUGCCAAUGGCAAUAGGAAUGAUGCAGUAGGCAAUACCGAAAGUAAAUUUAUACGUAAAGGUCAGAUAGGAGAUUGGAAAAAUUAUAUAUCGGCUGAAAUGUCGGAACGUUUCGAUGAAUGGAUUGUCAAAAAUUCCAGGGGUAGUGGUUUAGCCUUUGAUUAUGAAUAGUUAUUUUAAGCUUCAUUUUAUUGAUUUUAAUUGUUGGUUUUAAGAAUAUUCGUAGUAUAUAUAAAUAUAUCGAGAGACUAUAAUAACAAUA